CCCGCUGAGGCCAGGCAUGAUCCCGCAGGGGCAUUCUGAGCCCCCUGAUGGGGGCUGGGGGUGGAUGAUUGUCUUGGCAUGUUUCCUGCAGUCGGCCCUGGUCUUUGGGGUGAUCCGAUCUUUCGGGGUCUUCUUUGUGGAGUUUAUGGAUUAUUUCGGGGAGCCGGCAAGCGCCACCUCAUGGAUCACCUCGGUCACCGUGGCUUUGCUGAUGUUUGCCAGUCCACUGUCAAGCGCACUGGGCAAACGAUACGGAGAGCGGCCCAUGGCCAUCCUUGGGGGCUUCCUUUCGGGGUCCGGAUUCCUCUUGGCUUCGUUCGCCACCAGCCUAACUCAGCUGUACCUGUGCAUUGGUCUGCUCACAGGUGUUGGAGGGGCCCUCAUCUUCUCCCCGUCUCUGGCCUUGCUGGCGCAGUAUUUCAGCCGCCGCCGGGCCCUGGCCAACUCCUUGGCCUUCUCCGGCGCGGGCAUCUCUUCGCUGGCUUUCUCGCCGCUCUUCCAGUUCCUGGUCGAAACCUACGGCUGGCGUGGUGCCCUCCUCAUCUUGGCUGGCAUGGCUUUCCACCUGGUGCCCUGCGGCGCCCUCCUUCGCCCGCUGGACGUGGCCCAGAGCGGCCCGGGGGAGGCUCCCGAACCGGCGAGUCCACGGAAGAGGCUGGCCUCGCUGUUUGAGCUGGGCCUGCUCCGCCAGCGCCCCUUCGCGGUCUUCAGUGGGGCUGGCUUGCUGAUCACCACGGGGUACUUCAUCCCCUUUGCCCACCUGGUGCCCCACGCCAGAGAGACGGGCUUCGACGAAUACCAAGCGGCGUUCCUCGUCUCCGUGGUGGGCGUCGCGGACAUCGGGGGGCGCGUCGUGGCCGGCUGGCUGGCCGACUGCGGCCCCCUCCGGCUCUCCCACAACCUCACCAUUUGGACCCUCCUGACGGGGGCCGCCCUCUUCGCGGUGCCCCUGGGGGGCAGCUACAGGGCGCUGCUGGCCAUCAGCGCCUGCUAUGGGUUCCUCUCCAGCGCCGUCAUCCCACUGAAGUUCUCCAGCCUGGUGGAAAUCGUGGGCACGGGCCGGAUCAUGGGGGCCAUUGGACUCAUUCACCUGCUGGAAGGCACCGGGGCCUUGGCGGGACCCCCAAUGUCGGGAUGGAUCCGGGACAUGACCGGGAGCUUCAGCGCCUCGUUCCUGGCAGCCGGCUCCUUCCUUGUGGUGGGUGGCCUGGUUCUGAUGCUGCUGCCCAGGUUCUUCGCCUGCCAGGCCCGGUCCCCAGAAGGAGCCACGCGGGAGGUGCUGGACCCGAGCCAGCCCAACGGGGCGUGCCCUGCGUGACAGAGGUGGACUCCAGUGCCCCCUCCCCAGGCCAGGCAGCAUCGUUCGGAACGGGGGAAAAUGGGGCAACAGUCAGGAAUGCACCAAGCAACUGGUGGGCAGGGGAAACAUCGAAACAGAGCGAGUCAGAAGGGGCCU